AUGGUGAGGGAUGCAUAGUAGAUCGCAGCUCCCGUGGUGCAAACUCGGCGUCUUUCUGUGCCGUUUCCCCCACUGGAUUGCGCCAGCCAUGUUAGCAGCCACGCAGUCCCGCGGAGACAGGCAGGGGCGGCCCUCGCCCCACCACCCCCGGGCGGUGGAAGGGGGCUCCUACACGUCAGACCUGCCAGUGUGGGCCUGCCUCCCCCAGUGGAGUGUCAGCAAACGCCUUCCUCUUCUGCUCGUGCAACUCCUACCCCAUUUCCUCGCCCACCCCCGCGCCUCCUCUCCCGUCGCCGCCUGGCCGGGCGGAUCCGAGAGCAGACUAGGACGAGGAGGGACGGCGGCCGGGGCAUGCUCAGUAAGAGCCAGGCACUGGGAGCCGAACCCGCCGGCGAGCGGGCUUCGGCGCUACCCCCUCUUCCUGCCGCUCUCGCGUGCGUCAGACCAAUGGUGCAGACGCUGGGCUGAGGACCCGCGCGCGGCGCGCUCGGCCCGGGAAGCGCGGCGGUUGGCGGGGCCCCUCUCGGAACGCUGGGCCAGCUCUCUGGAACGCUGCUACACUUCGGAACGUCCGCGGCGUCCCAUCGGCGGCCGGCUCCCGACGGCGGCCCCGGAGCCGGUUCGCUGCGCGGGUCCCGCCCGGUUUCGGUGACUGGUCACCCAGGCGCCCGCAGUUCGAUGGUUGGUUCGGACCGCGAUGAGCCGCCCGUCCUCCGCCGGACCCAGUGCUAACAAACCCUGCGGCAAGCAGCAGCACGCCCCGUCCCCCGCUGCUGCCCCCGCUGCCGCCGCCGCCACCAUCUCGGCUGCCGGCCCCGGCUCCUCGGCGCUACCCGCCGCGGCCGCUGUGAUCUCAGGCCCCGGAGGAGGCGGCGGCGGCGGCGGCGGGCCGGUCUCGCCUCAGCACCACGAGCUGACCUCGCUGUUCGAGUGCCCCGUCUGCUUCGACUAUGUGCUGCCCCCGAUCCUGCAGUGCCAGGCCGGGCAUCUGGUGUGCAAUCAAUGCCGGCAGAAACUGAGCUGCUGCCCCACGUGCAGGGGAUCCCUGACCCCAAGCAUCAGGAACCUGGCCAUGGAGAAAGUGGCCUCGGCUGUCCUCUUCCCCUGCAAGUAUGCCACUACAGGCUGUUCCCUGACACUCCACCAUACAGAAAAGCCGGAGCAUGAAGACAUCUGUGAAUACCGUCCCUACUCCUGUCCAUGUCCUGGUGCCUCCUGUAAAUGGCAGGGCUCUUUGGAAGCAGUGAUGUCCCACCUCAUGCACGCCCACAAAAGCAUUACCACCCUUCAGGGAGAAGACAUAGUCUUUCUUGCCACGGACAUUAACCUGCCAGGAGCCGUCGACUGGGUCAUGAUGCAGUCUUGCUUUGGCCACCAUUUCAUGCUGGUGUUGGAGAAACAGGAGAAGUACGAGGGUCACCAGCAGUUUUUUGCUAUUGUGUUGCUCAUUGGCACUCGCAAACAAGCAGAAAACUUUGCAUAUCGACUGGAGCUGAAUGGUAACCGGCGCAGGCUGACCUGGGAGGCAACGCCCCGCUCAAUUCAUGAUGGGGUGGCUGCUGCCAUCAUGAACAGCGACUGUCUAGUUUUCGAUACAGCUAUAGCACAUCUUUUUGCAGACAAUGGAAACCUUGGCAUCAAUGUGACUAUUUCUACGUGUUGUCCAUGAUUAUAUCUGUGUCAUUAGUGAAACCUAGGGUUGUCUGGACAUAGUGCUUUACAUUCUUAAGGGUUUUUUAAAAUGAUAUUCAACUAUGUCUUCAUAUAUAUCUCUUAGGAUUCCUAAUUUAGCCAACAUUUUGUAACAACUUUCUCUUGGGGUUUUAAGUCAUGGCUAACCAGACAAAAUGAGCGCGUGUCCUGUCAAUCAUCUGAACAGGAAAAGGGUUUUUUUAGAAUUCUUGGAUGCUUUUUGAAGAUUUUUUUUUACCACUUUUUAAAAACAGAGCUUCCAUUAGACAUAUAUCUUUAAUAGACUUGAGGGUCUAUUUUUCUCUUUGAAGUGCACCCAAAACUCCCCUUAAGAGGAGUUAUCCAAGGGGAAAGCAGACACCUCUUGACUUACUCCCCCUGCUGGGCUUUUAAAAAGAGAAUAAACAAAUAGCUUCAAGUGUGGUACUCGUGAGAGGUUAUUGUGACUCAGAGAGGAACAAAAGGUACUUUGGUGUAGGUUCCCUUGCUGCUCUGAUUCCCUUUUCUUUAUUUUAAAAAAAAGAAAAAAAAACAGUUGUAUUGGAUCACUUGCCGUGUCUUUAAAAAUGAACCAGGCCUGAUCCUGCAAAGUGUUGAGCAUCUUCUGCUCCCAUUCACUUCGUUUAAAGUUGAGUAUGCCUGGAAUAUUUUACAAGGGCCCUGGAACAGGUGCUAGUAAAACAAGAGGCGCAUAUCAAAUAGUUCUCAAACAGCUAGCAGUUGACCAUAUAGAGGUGCAUUCAGGUUGUUUACAUGUGGCUUCCCCUGGAGACAUACUUGAUAUUGUCAGAGACUGAUUAGAAUAAUAUAGUAAAAGCUUUAUGGCCAGUCAUGUCAUUUGCUAUUUAAGUUUUUGUUGCCAUAUUUACUUUAGUUUUUUAAUAAAUAUUUUGCAAAAACAA